UCUUGUGAAGAAAGCCUCAGCAAUUUGGAUAUGCUUUUCUGCCUUCGUCGACGAAGUCGAGAGAGCGUUGCAGGCAGAUAAGAGGGAAAAAUCCGAGGGCAGUUUUGUAAUUUAGAUCUCAAUUGUGGGUAGGUUGCGGACAUGGAGAGAGAUUUCUUGGGAUUGAAUUCGAACAAGGAAUCCGUCGCAGUGAAAGAAGAGAUGAAAGAAGGAUCGAAAGAUUACGGAUUUGUGGCGAGUUCUGGGAUGCAGUGGGGUUUCUCAAACAAGGUGUCCGCCUUGCCCCCGUUCAUGUCAUUCAAGGCCCCACAAGAGGAGAGGCCGAAAAAGAUCAUGUUCGAUCCACUGAUGGCAUCUGCAUUUCAGCCGAUCUCAACUGUUGAAGCUUUUGAUUCCACUCAUAGAACCUCAUCUUUAGCAAACCAGAAAGCCUUCAAUCUUGAUAGGCAAGGUGCCCAUUAUGCAAUGCCAACUUAUCCAGUCCACCCAAUCGAUGGCCAUGGUGUUCCGGCCCACCGCGCUCAUGAAAUCAGAACGUAUCCGGUUUCCAACCAUCCAUUCUCGGUGGCUAUGGGCAAUCCUUACUUCAAGGUCCAUGGCGCUUCGACUGGGCCCCAUGUGGCAGCCAAUUCCAUGAAGCAACAGCCACUUGGGGGAAUUCCAGUGACAGCCCCACAUUCUAUGGUCCCCUUCAUGGGGUCUCUGGCCGGGACAUACACACCAAGGAAUGUUUCAAAACCCAUGGCAGCGCCAGCGCAACUGACCAUAUUUUAUGGGGGUGCAGUGAAUGUCUACGAAGACGUCCCACUGGAGAAGGCUCAGGCGAUUAUGUUCUUGGCGGGGAACGGGUCUUCAGUGGCUGCAAACAUGGUGAAUCCGUUAGCCCAAGUUCCAGCAAUGGCCCCGAAGCCAGUUGCCUGCGAUGGUGCUUACAUCAACCAAGCCCAUUCGCCUUCCCCUUGCUCAGGCCUUUCAAGCCCAAUAUCUGUAACUUCACACUCGAAUGCUCAAUCCGGAAGCGGAUCUAGCAAUAACGAAGACUUGUUGGCCACAAAGGCCAUUGGAGGAUUGGGCCCCACCAGCCAACCAGAACCUCCAAAGAUAGUCACUCAAGCAGGAUCUACCACUGCAAAUAUGAUGCCAGCAGCCGUUCCUCAGGCUCGCAAAGCAUCGUUGGCUCGAUUUCUGGAGAAGCGCAAGGAGAGGGUAAUGAGUGCGGUGCCUUAUACCACCUCCAGGAAGUCUCCGGAGAGCAUGUUCAGGUCUGACGGUGCUGGUUUUUCUGGCAACUCAUUGACCAAAGAGCCAUCAUGGUGUGUGGGCCCACAGAAGAACGACACAGAUAGUUCGAAAAUGCUAACGAAUUUAUAGAUGUAAAUUUCUCUAAGGAGCUCUACUCUUCCUUUUUUUGUAUUUUUGGAUUUUAAUUUGAUUCUUUUCAGUAUCAGACAUCACUUAUAUAUAUAUAUAUAUAUAUAUAUAUAUAUAUAUAUAUAUAUAUAUAUAUAUAUAUAUAUAUAUAUAUAUAUAUAUAUAUAUAAGCAUGGCUUUUCUCUCUGCGCAACUGAUGAGAGAGGCGUUUAGUUGCAGCAUGCUUUUGUAACAUACAUAAAUCUAUAUAACUCGUAUGAUUUUUGUAGAAAUAAUACAGGUUUAAUAUUAAGAUCCUGAUAUUGUAUUUUCACUUA